UUCCAAUGAGAAUUGAAUGAAUUUUUAUCAUGACAAUUGUUGUUGAUUCUUCAAAUGAAUCUUGAACCUGAUUUGUAGGCAUUGAUAUGCAGAUGCAUAUCAUCCUUUCGCCGGAUGCUAUAUGCAUGGACGGCUGCAGUCCUUAAAAUUUCCCUUUGUGUUUAACUUCAUACUUCUUCAAUCUAUGCUUUUCCAUUUGUGGUAAACUAUAUGCAAUCCAUCAGUGAGUGACUGUUCCAUUCUUUUUUUUAAUCAAGAAUAAACAUAGGCAUUCUUCUUCCGGUGCCAUUACUCAUCUAUAGUCCUCUCCAACACUUUCUCAUUAAAGUUUCCCCAAAAUGUCAAUGGAUGCCUUGUUCUGUAUGUUUCCGUAUUCAUUUUGGAAACCUGCUGUUUACUGGUGAUUCUGAUGGAUUUCAUUCACUCCAGAAAAAGAUUCAGAGUGCUGCAGGUUGACUUCUCUAGAAGCACGGAUUCAGACUUCUGGGAUCCACCAAUAUGUGAAGACACAGAUGAUUAUCCUGAUUUUAGAGGAUACUUAGCUGAAAACUGGGUGCGGAGUGAUUUUUAUGAUGGAUAUGGUCUGUUUGAUGUAAUGGAAGAAGAUUCAUUAAAUGACAAGGCUUGUGCGCAAGUGCGAAAGAUAAUGUUCUCAACCGCAAAAGCAAAUUUAAAGGAAGUUGGAGAAGAAAUCACAUUACUUCAGAGCAAACUAUCUUGGGCUGAUGAAGUCUGGUCUAAGAAACUCUCCACAUUGAAGGAAAUGAUGAAUUCGCUGGAGGUGUUAAUUCAGAGAUUGAAGGAUGAAGAACAACAAAGAGACCAUGACCUUGAUUUUCAUUUCCAAUCACUUGAAGAACAGCAAACUGAAGAUGAACUUGAUUCCCAUCUCCAAUCACUUGGAGAACAUUCUGAAAAGCUAAAUAAGAUGUUAAAAGAUCUUUUAGACAGCUACUCUCCCAACAUAGAUGUUCAGGUGCAGAGUUUGAGUCCCGCUAUCGAGAAGCUAGAAACUAACCAGUUCAAUAAAGAGACCAAAUUGAGCGAUUCCGUAGCAACAGCAUAUGGUGCUAAGACAUUGGAGGAGACUGUUGUACCAUCAUGCAAGUCACAUGAAACAAGAUCUCAACUUGGAUCCAGUGAAAUUGGAGAAGCAACAAGGUCAGACUUGAUCAAAAGUUGCAGUACACAUGCAGCCAAUGUGCCUGUUCACUUGAACAUUGACAGUUCAAACAUUCAUAUGGAUCAAGAAACAGAAAAUCAAGAUUCAACUACCAAGGCAGAGAAGGGAGUAGCAUCAACAAAAGUUGACAAGGAAGCAAAAGCUGCAAAGGCGAACACAAGUUUGCUUGCCUUAACAUGGGAAGCUGGUUCAGAGGGUGUUAAAGAGGACUCCAAUCUUUCACAAGAAAAAACUAGGGGAACCAUUGUGAAGAGUUUGAUAAUUGAAAGCAUUAGCUUAGAGCUAUCUAAAAACCUAAGGAAACAACUAUUGCUGAAGCAGAUAUGCGAAGAGUCUGCUUUAAAGCGAAAGCUGAUGAUGCAAGAAGAUGCCAGGGGAACUAACGUGAUAAACACAGGAAAGCAGGUAGAAGCACCAGGGAAGACAACAGCAGAAUCACCCCCGAAAGAGAACCAAAAAGAAUCACUGAUUUCCAAGUCUAAAGUUUCUGAUUUGGACCUCGCACUUGGGGAAACACUUAAAGAGCCAGUGAACAAGAAAGGAGAAAAUAGAAAUGCAAAUUUGAUCACUCUUAGUGGGCAUGCUGGCGGACUUCAAUCAAGGUACAAUAAGGGAACUGAUCUGAAUCUUAAGAAGGACGACGGUAACAGUUCCAUUGUAGAUGAUUACUUGGGUUCAGCUUUUCAGUCACUUGGAAAAAGAAUGAAUUGUGAAGCAUUUCCAGAGACCAAGAUACAUGUAGAGCUGAAGAAAUCUCGGGUAUAUUCCAAGAUUGGUGAGGAUAUUAUGAGCAUUUCAGUAAAGGAAGAGGACGAGGUCACCUCCAGAGUUGCUUUUCUUCUGCCGUCGAAAUUUAGCCCUACCUCUACAACAACAGAAGAUUAUAUUUCAAUGUCGGUUGCUCAACUCAAAGCCAUUGCUAAGGAACGCAACUUGAAACGGUAUUCUAAACUUAACAAGAGAAAAUUGAUCGAGCUUCUCAAGUAA